AAGCCGGGGAUUCGUGUACCCUAUGUAAAAACGCCCCCAUCCCAUAGUCAAGUUGGUAAAUCUGCAACAGAAAUCUCCAGGCUUUGGGAGUUGUGCAUGACAAGUUCCCAUCUGCAGUGUAAUACGGGAGGCCGCAUGAGAGAGCCAUUUUCUGAUCCUGUCUACAGCAUUGCAAAUGUUAGGACACGAUUGCAAGUACGUUUCAUGGAGAUGCGCAUUACAAAUGUUCCUGUCAUUGCGCAUUUGCAUAACAGCUCUUGGGUGGGGACGUUUUUACAUAGGAUACCGUGCGGCGUUUAAUUACGUCGCGGAGAAGAUUUUGGAGCAGGCCGAGAGAAUCGAGGACUGGCUGGCGGGAUUCGGGGAAGACCUAGGGGAGAAGUUGGUGAACAUGUUCCUCGAGCGGGUUCCGUGUCUGAACCUCGUGGAUUAUCAAAUGUGAUUUAUCUCUGGGUCUGGCAGAAGGCUAAUGUUUGUGAUGCACCACAUUUAUUUCCAUGGCCCACGGCCACGCCCAGCCGCAGCCCCAUAAGUAGCUCUGUGAUGCAGGUCCUAGGAGGUGAUGCUUUCGCUUUGCUGUGCCUGUUCUGCGUGAGAAAUUUUGUUUCAGUGCGGCCAAAAAUACACAGCGUUAGUUACUCACGCAAGACAAAUUUUUGUGUUGUCGAGAGGACGCAUCACAGACUUGCACUCUACUUCCAGACCCAGGCAUACUCGCAAUGCAUAUGGAUCAGAUGGAGGAGUGGAU